UUGGACACAAAAAAGGUCGAGAGAGCUACAAGGAGGUCGAAACUUCCACGGCUCCACCGCCUAUCCUACGCUCUAGCUUAAGCAGCAAGUCAAAGUAAGUUUCAAGUUCUUAAAUAAACAAAACCUCCACGCUUUUCCAAUUCCUAAUUCACCGAAUUAGUUUAUAUACGCCUUCUGCUUCUUCUUCCUCCCAUGUCAUUCCAGUUAACUCCAUUGCUUUCGCCUUCGAUUUCUGAUAGUUUUCACUUCUAAUCUCUGAUGAUGAUGGAGAUUAGGCAUUUGGAAGGAAUGGCUGAGACUGCAGCCGUGUUCCUCCUUGUGCAGAUCCUGGUUUAUCUAAUUCUCUCUAAAUCUUCCCAUGUCUUCUCUAAGAACACGAAGAGGUCUCUUAGUUUCAGACAGGUCCGAUCUCUGAGUAUCCGUCGGAUUAUGGCAGCUCUCUCCGAUUUCCCCUCCGGCACCGGCGACCCAGACGAAAGUCGUGGGGAAUGUGGAACCAUGUUUGAUGAAGGCAGUUCUUAAAUGAAGCUGGCCGAUGGGUUUCUUCUAUUAUUUGUCAUUUGGUGUUCCAUUCUUUAAAUUUUGUGAAUAUUUAUGCAUAAUUGUUCCAUUUUUAAA